AUGUCGAGGCUCAGCUGGGGAUACGGCGAACACAACGGUCCUGUUCAUUGGAAUGAAUUUUUCCCUAUUGCCAAUGGUGAUCAGCAAUCUCCAAUUGAGAUUAAAACCAAAGAAGCGAAAUAUGACUCUUCCCUCCGACCCCUUACCAUCAAGUAUGACCCAAGCUCAGCUAAAAUCAUCAGCAACAGUGGCCAUUCCUUCAGUGUUGACUUUGAUGACACAGAGGACAAGUCAGUUCUGCGUGGGGGCCCUCUCAUUGGAAGCUACAGGUUACGACAGUUCCACCUUCACUGGGGGUGCGCUGAUGACCACGGCUCCGAGCACAUGGUGGAUGGAGUGAGAUAUGCUGCAGAGCUCCACGUUGUCCAUUGGAAUUCAGACAAAUACCCAAGCUUUGUCGAGGCAGCUCACGAGCCAGAUGGACUAGCUGUCUUGGGAGUGUUUUUACAGAUUGGUGAACAUAAUUCCCAACUACAAAAGAUUACUGAUAUUUUGGAUUCCAUUAAAGAAAAGGGUAAACAAACUCGAUUCACAAAUUUUGACCCAUUGUCUCUGCUUCCACCAUCCUGGGACUACUGGACAUAUCCUGGUUCUCUUACAGUUCCACCUCUUCUCGAGAGUGUCACAUGGAUUAUUUUAAAACAACCUAUAAACAUCAGCUCUCAACAGCUGGCCAAAUUCCGCAGUCUCUUGUGUACGGCGGAGGGGGAAGCAGCGGCUUUUUUGUUGAGCAAUCACCGUCCGCCACAGCCCCUGAAGGGCCGCAAAGUGAGAGCCUCUUUCCAUUAAAAGUUGUUACCAGUGGACCACCCCAAACAUGACUGUAGAGAGCCAACAAAACAAAACAAAAGACAAAAAUCCCUGCUAAUAUUUUUUUUCCUAGAAUUCGAACUUACGGGUACUAUUUUACUAUCAGCUUCAGUGACA